AUGAGGAGUGGGAGCACCGGCCGGGAUCUUCGGACAUGCCCAGUGUUGCUAGCCAUCUUCCUACUAAUAUUUAAUGUGCGUGUGGUGAAACCGACUUCUGACCAUGACCCCUACAGAAUAUUGGGUGUCAGCAGGAGCGCCAGUCAGGCGGAAAUCAAACGAGCAUACAAGAGCCUUGCGAGAGAAUGGCACCCAGAUAAGAACAAGGACCCUAAAGCUGAAGACAUGUUCAUAAAGAUUUCAAAGUCAUAUGAAAUUCUGUCCAACGAGGAGCGAAGGUCAAACUUCGACCACUAUGGGCAGAUGGAUGACAACCAGCCGUUUGGCCAGUCACAGCAUCAGGGUUUCCGCAGCUUCCACAACAAUUUCUACUUUGACGAGUCUUUUUUCCAUUUUCCCAGGUCCCGGGACUUUGCAGACAGCAAGUACAUGCUUCGCCACGCUCAGUUUAACAGCGAUGUCCUCCCAGACAGCUACAAGAAACCAUACCUUAUCAAAGUGACUUCGGAGUGGUGCUUUGCUUGCAUCCAUAUUGAACCUGCGUGGAAAGAGACGGUGCAGGAGCUAGAACCUCUUGGAGUGGGUAUCGGGAUUGUCGAUUUGAGUUACGAGCGUCGCCUUGCCAACCAGUUGGGAGCUCACCGUGCUCCCUCCAUCAUUGGGCUGGUGAAUGGAAGGGUGACAUUCUACCACCAGGCUGUGGUACGAGAGCAUCUGAGACAGUUUGUGGAAGAUUUGUUGCCUCAAAAGCUGGUGGCAAGGAUCAACGAUAACAACUACAUGGCUUUCCUUGAUAGCUGGCAUGCAGAAAAUAAACCAAGUCUUCUCCUGUUUGAUCAAAUCCCAGUUGUGCCACUACUUUACAAGUUAACCGCGUUCGCCUACAGAGACUUUGUGCGCUUUGGCUAUGUGGAUCAGGGUGAAACGCACAACAUUAAGCUCCUGCGGCAGUUCAACAUUAACACCUACGCUCCCACCAUGUUGCUGUUCAAAGAAGACACAGAGAAGCCUGUUGACAUCAUCCAGGCCAGAGGAAUGAAGAAACCGAUCAUGGAUGAGUUUGUCUCCAACAACAAGUUCCUGCAGGUGCCCCGGCUGGUCAGCCAGCAGCUUUUUGAUGAGCUGUGUCCUGUCAAGCAGUUCCACCGACGGAGGAAGUACUGUGUGCUACUUAUCACAGGGGAGGAUGAAGCUUUCCUACCAGGCAACAAGGCCUUCCUGGACUUUGCCACAGUGAACAAAAAAGAAGUGCUGCGGUUUGCAUAUGUUUACCAGCGUCAACAGCAGCCUCUUUGUCAGGCGCUGCUACACAACCAGGUGGCCGUCUCAGCUCAGGUGGUGAUUCUGGAGAGGCGGAGCCAGACCGGCAGAGUCCAGUAUCGUUCUGUGAGUAGCGGCUGGAAUGGCAGUGAAGAAGACAAGUUCCACCUCUAUGAACAGCUGGAGCUGCUUCAGAAAGACCCCACCUACCUGAGCUCAGACGCCACCUUGCCGGAACUUAACAACGAGAUGGCCCCAAUAUUUUUUAUCAGGUGGAUGAAUGCAGCCUAUGACUACAUAAUUCAAAUGUAUGAUGACCUUCUCUACUCAAACUGGCGAGAGAUGAUGCCCAUUCUGUCGUUGAUCUUCUCAGCUCUCUUCAUACUUUUUGGAACGGUUAUCAUUCAGGCUUUCAGCGAACCAGGUGAAAGCAAACCCCGAAAUCCCAAGCCAAAGGAGCAACCAACAGCACAAACUGAGGAAGAUGCAUCAAGCAGAGCAAGUACCUCCAGCCGUCCUCCAAAGAAGGACUUUGUGGAAGUGACAGAGCUAACAGACAUUACAUACACCAGCAACUUGGUCAAGCUGAGACCUGGUCACAUUAAUGUUGUACUGGUGCUAACCAACACCUCCAAGAAUGCUUUGCUCAGGAAAUUUGCCAAGGAGGUUUUUUCUUUCUCUGGGACUCAUAGCCUUCACUUCUCCUUCCUCAAUGCUGAUAAGCACCGUCACUGGAUGCCUUCACUUCUUGGCUCAGCCUGCUCUGCUGGACAGGCUGAGAGCCACUCGGACGACGAGGAGUCUUCAGACUACUCUGGCCAUGUGUUAGCCCUCAAUGGCUACAAGAAAUAUUUUUGUCACUUUAGACCCGUCUUCACUGGAGACGAUGCUAACGACUCUUCCUCUGAGACCUCAUUUUCUUCUGAUAGCAAGAGAAAGUCCCGGUCUAGGUCCAGGUCUAGCUCCCACUCCCGGUCCCGGUCUCAUUCCCGGGAGGAUGGGGCCAUGCCCAAACGAGGCUCCAGCAGGGCCACUAGCAUAGAGGUCCACCACAAGCUCGACAGGCUUGGACUCUGGAUGGAGAGGCUCAUGGAGGGAACCCUACCCAGGAUACAGGUCCCCGUGUGGCCAGCACUUGACACCAGCAACACCUUUUCUUGA